AUGGUCAACUGUGUUUGUCCUGCUUAUUCGACACCAGGCUUUACUCGUUCAAAGGUAAGAAACUAACUAACAAAAACUAAUUCUGGAAAGUCUAUAUUUUUUGAUAACUCGGCAACAUGGGAAAGGACUAUAGGGCAAUGCUUUUAAUCAAAGUUAGUGUGCUUCAUUACUGUAAAUAAUUAGAGGCUAUGCGGUCACUUUGAAGACUCUAGCAUUUACACCUAAAAAGCUAACCAAGCGUUUUUGACACACCUCCUUUUUUCUGUCGUCUUUGUUAGAUGGAAUUUGCAAGAAGCCGGCAAUUAACACUCUAAAACCUUACCACUGUCUCCUCCACACCCCUGGGCUGUGUUGAAAUACACAACCUGAGUAAAAUGUAUAAAGUAUUGGCUUCUGACGCCUAAUAUUGUCCAGGGGGAGGGCCGGGUAAAAUGAAUUGCAAUUUAACGACAGUGUCACAAACGUUUUAACCAAAGGAUGGUAGCCUGAUUUGACGUUGAAUUUACUCAUAGUUAAAAUUUUAAUGUGAACAAAAUUAAUUAAUUUCUUGCUUGCUUACCUGGCAUAUUUCAACGUUUCGUAUCAGUACUCUGUGUUUUUUCAUUUCUUAGCUACAAGGUUGUCUCUGUUACUCCUGUAGUGGAAGCUCACUUACAGAUCUUGAGUCAACUGGAAGAGCAGAACGAAAUCGAGGUACUGAACAUAUUUAUAAGUUGUUCUGCAUGUCUAAUAUGAUAGAUCACACGAAACGGUAAUGACACUCACAGUGACGAUGACAAUAGGGAUUUGUCUCAAAUUUAAUUUUGGACGACUGCGAUGAUCUUGACAACAAAUUACUUCGUCGAAGCGAUAUUAGCAGUUUGGGCUUCGCUUAGCUACUCAGGCUGGUCAACAUGACAUAACAGGAUUAAAAACAGCAACUGGCUGGAGACAAACACUUAACUUUACACAAGCCUAGACGAAAAUUUGAAUUUGGAACGACCACGAUGGUCCAACAAAAGAAAAACAGCGGACACUUUUUGAUUUCGAGACGCCACUACCCCGCGAAAUGACGACUGAUCGGAGGAACGAGCGCUGAAAUUCUAUACUGACAAUAUAUUACUUCUAAAGCACUAUAUUACUUCUAAAGCACGUUGACUUAAAUAAUAUACUUCACAAGUCUCAAAUUGGUUUUCUAGCAAAUAAUAGAACAGCAGAUCAUGUCUUCACACUUCGAACAUUAAUAGACAAAUAUGCCCAUUGUCACAAGGAGAAAAUAUAUGCGUGUUUUGUUGACUUUAGGAAAGCCUUUGAUUCGGUUUGGCAUGAUGGGCUUCUCUAUAAGUUAUCUAAGAUCAAUGUCCAAGGAAAGUUUUAUAGUCUAAUUAAGAGUCUAUACUCGAAGUCUACCUGCUCUGUCAGGAUUGGAAAUAACAAAACGCGCUCUUUUCAAUACGCAAGAGGAGUGCGGCAAGGCUGCAUUUUAAGCCCUCUGCUCUUUAACUUAUACCUUAACGAUCUAGCGUUCUCAUUUGACAAUGUUUUAUCAGACCCCUUCGUGUUACCAAAUGGCACCAGACUCAACUCUCUCCUUUACGCAGAUGACUUGAUAAUAUUAUCGCGAUCCAAACUUGGUCUACAAAACUGCCUUAACGUACUAUCUUCAUAUUGCAACUCAUGGAUGCUUAGAAUAAAUCCUAAGAAAACCAAAAUAAUGAUUUUUCAACGAUGCACACGAAAAUGUGAACAUAACUUCCGCAUAGGCAAUGAAGUAAUCGAAGUUGUCCAAAACUAUACUUACUUAGGAACUCGAAUUACAUCUUCCGGAAAUUUUACACUUUCGCUUGAACAUCUCCGACAAAAAGCUCUUCACGCGCUCUUCAGCCUCAGGCGACACACGGAUUUGAAUAAUCUUAAGCCCUCACUUGCGUGUAAAAUUUUUGACUCUAUGAUUUCACCAAUUCUAACCUACAACAGCGAAGUUUGGGGUGCUUUUGUUAAAUCAGAUUUUAAGUCCUGGGACAGCUCUGCAAUUGAAAAAACCCAUUUGCAAUUCUGUAAACGUUAUUUACAAGUACAUAACAAGGCAUCCAACAUUGCUUGUAGAGCUGAACUCGGUAAAUUUCCCAUGAUCAUUGAUAUAAAUAAAAAGAUUCUAAAUUACUUAGACUAUCUGAGAGGUAAGGAUGAAGAUUCUAUAGUUAAACAGGCCUUACAAAUUUCAAUUGACCUUCAUCAUAACGGAAAAACUAGCUUUUACUCUAAUCUCAUGAAAAUGGUUGACUACUAUGAUCUAAACUUUGACUUUUCUUGUAAUUCAUUGAGUGACUCAAUAGUUAAUAGGUAUAUCGGCAUAAUGAAAAAUAAAUACGUCUCUUACUGGAAUCAGACACUUCAACAAUCACAAAAACUCAGUUUUUAUUGUACAAUCAAAGACGACUAUAGCCCCUCGCCGUACCUAGUUUUAACAAGAAAAAAAACCUUCGAGAAAAAAACAUUAGUUAGAUUUAGAAUAAGUAGUCAUCAACUUAGAAUUGAAACAGGUAGAUACGAAAACAUUCCUCGCAAUGAAAGGAUAUGUCACUUUUGUACAAGUAAGAAAAUCGAAGAUGAAAAUCAUUUCUUACUAGAUUGCAAGGCUUAUUCUCAGAUCAGAGACAUAUUUUUCUCGAAACUAGAAACUAAAAUACCUGACUUCAAAUCACUUUCACACGAUACUUUAAUAUCUCUUCUUAUGAAUUCUUCUGAUUAUUUAAUUAACUGUCAAUUAGUUUCAUUUAUCUCGCAAUGCUUUGAAUUAAGGACCAAAUUAAUAUCAAUGAAUGAAUGAAUGAGAACUGUCACGUUUUGUAAUGUUUUGCACGUACUAAUUAGUUGAAUUAGUACUUAAAUUUAGACUAAUAGCUUUUGCAAUACUGUAAUUCCUUUAUGGUCAUGCAAAUAAAGCUUUUGUUGUUGUUGUUGUUACUUCCCAGAUCGGCAUAGCGCUUUUGAUCGGUUGAAGCAAGUUUCCCUCGCGGCACGUCCAAUCCGAGGCACCAAGAGCCAUUAUGCUGAUUAUGGCUCUUGGAGGCACUAAUCAGAUCUGUGUUUCAAGGAUAGGGCAUCAUUAGGGAAUUUCUGCGCUUGUUCCUCAAGCGUCAUUCUGUUAGGAAACCAGUGGUGGUCUCACGUAAUGUUGGGUAUUUUCUUAGGCUACGACCAAGAAGGGAAUCCAGCAAGCGGUAAGACCGAAACUAAAACGAGAAACCCCAUGCGCAACGUUACGGUUCCGACGCGCUGACCGACCGGCCCUCGGUUACGCUGCCCCAGGGUGCUCUUGCCGUCUGAAAUAUAGCGCAAUGACCUCCGCUUGUUGGACAUAUGACUGACCUAGGAUAAGUGAAACGACCUUUAUUGUAUAUUCGUUUUUUCAAUGUUUGAAGAUGUGGUACUUCUUAAACAGAUUGAUUUCUGGACGAGACCCGGUCAACUAAAUCAAACUGUUGACAUUGAAGUGUCUGAUGAAGACUUCGAGAAACUCUCGUUGGUUUUGAAAGAACAUGCAGGAAUGGAACUCACAAUUCAAAUUGACAAUUUACAGCAGCUGAUCAAUGAACAAUUGGAACAAAAUAAAGCAAGUGCAAGAAAUGGUAACUGGCACGCCAGCUAUCACCCGCUUAAUGAGGUGGGGCUUAAGGAAGUUAUAUUUUAGAUAUGUCCCCAUGUCACAAACUAAGCCAGUCGAAACCGGAACAAUGUAGUAAUUAUUCAGGACCGUCAGUUUAUUGGUGGAUUUUCUUUUAGACCUUUUAAAAGCAGAACAGGUAAAAAAAUCUUAUUAACAGGCAAAAAAGGGUAGGGUAUAAAUCAUGAUAGACUUACCAGAAAUGACACAAGAAUGAGUGACUUUCCCCUAAAUCGUCUUCCGUUGAAGUACCCUACUGGUACCUAAAUUCGCGAUAUUGGUGAGACAGUAUCUUGCCGGGUUUUGUUUUCGCGAUCUCAACAGCCAAAUAUGAAAAAGAGCAUUAAAUUUCGCAAUUUCGCGUUCUCAACUUCACUUAAGUCUGAACUUAUUAAAAUUUCUAGAUAAACAGGAACAGCAAUGUGUGAAAUCUUCGCAAAUUAACGUUAUUUUACAACUAAAGAUACAAAAUAGAACGUAGGAGUAAAACCAGUGUCUGUCUGUGUUUUGAAUUUUCUACAUGGGUAUUGCGUGCUUACAUUUCGCGAGGAUUUAAAUUCGCGAGUCUUUAAUUCCGCGAAUUUUUUACAAUCGCGACAAAGCCGAAAUUAAGUACCAGUAAGGUGUAACAAGUUUGCAGUGCAUCACUAGCUAUUAGCUAUUAGUAAAAUCCAACUAGUGGUCUAUUAUCAAUGCUACGUUCUGAUUGGUUAAGCUACUACUCGGCUACAUGUUAUAGCCCACAAGUAGCGAAAAGCGCCGGCGUUGAAAACCAAAACAAUGGCGGCUGAAUCGCGUUUUGCUAGCUAAAGUUGUUUUGUCUCGAUAUUUUUAACCAACUAGUUGGAUUUUACUCAAACAAUUAUUCCUCUCACCCUCAUGGUCUCUGAGUCAAUAGCUCAUUAGGCUGAAGGCUUCAUGGGCUAUUGACUCAGAGCCCAUUCGGGUGCGAGGAAUAAUAAUAUUGUUAAUUAUUGUUCUUCCCCUGGCUAGUAAGGAAGGUAAAGACCUGGAUGUUGCCGAUUAUGAAGAAUCCUCCUCUGCCAUUUUGUCUCUUUUUUCCCCCUUUCUUGUUUGUUUUCUUUUACUAUCAACAUCAGCAGUCAGCUGCUGCCCAUUAACAAGUCUUAAGUUUGAUACAGAUUGAAGGAGAGCUACUUCGUCUUCAUAUAUAAAUCCUCAUUCAUGAUAUUCCCAAAUUGAUGACUCACAUAUAGCUGAAAAAAGGAGCUACCAGCUGCUGUCUCGUCUGUUUUGUCGAUCCAAGGCAUAAGCUAGUUACUUAGUGAGGGACGUUAUUUUAUUAUAGAUUACCGACAAACUGGAAGAAAUGAGAAGAUCAAGUGGAGGAUUGGCAGAAAUCUUUGAACUUGGAAAAAAAGGAAAAGGAAGAAAAAGAGUGAAAAGGGGAAAGGGAAAGAAGAAGACAUUGCGGGCUAUUAAGGUACCAACUAUUCACGUUCAAUGUGCCUUAUUCCAAAUCCCACUUUUACGUUCGGACAGGAGCACUUUCUUAACAAAAUGAUUUUUAAUGAAAAUUUGGUUUAUUUUUAUUGAUAUCUUUUUUUCUCCUUUAGAUCAGCAUCGAUGAUGACAAGCCAGUGUUUUUUAUUCAAUGUGGUAUUCAUGCCAGAGAGUGGAUCUCUCCAGCAACCUGCAUGUAUAUCAUUGACCAGGUAAGAACACAUACAGAAACCACCACCACCACCACCACCAUUACCAUCAUCAGUACAUCAUCAUCUUCAUGAAAACGUUACAGUCAAGAAGACUUUAGCAGGGACUGAUCAAACAACGUGAAAUAGAGUUUAGUUGCGAUAUUUCGACUGGCCAAUACCAGUCUUCAUCAUGAUCAGGUUUAUUGAGAUAUCACGAAUUUAAUAUGAAGUAAAAUGAUGACCGUACACGGUUUUUGCAGUGAUUUUUACCUUAAUUAAACAUCAUCAUCAUCAUCAGCAGCAGCAGCAGCAUCAUUGUCAUUUUCUUGUUCAUUACGUGGGAAAACCUUCAGUUGUAACAAUUCUUUUCAAAAUUGAAAUAUUCAGUAAUCUAUCCUCUUUCGCUUUGUACGCGACAACGCAUAUUACUGCUUUUCAGAUUAGUUUUACUACUGUCUUGUGUUUCAAUUUCUUCGAUACGCAGAUGAUCCAGAAGAGCGCUUCCGAUGCAUCAGCGAUGUUGAACAAGAUGAGCUUCGUUAUAUUGCCUGUUUUUAAUCCGGACGGAUACGAAUACACUUGGACGGUCAGGAUGAUAUCUAUCAUUAUUUAUUUAUUAAAAUCAUUAUUUUCUUCAUCCUUAUUUUGUAACUUCGAAGCUCACUUAAAUGUAAUCACGGAGAAAGGCAUACGUGGUCACCUUCUCAUCCUCGAUGGUAGAACUUGUGGUCAGAUUAAAUGAGUUGGAUUGAAUUAUUUCUUGUUAAAUAUCUAUCGUGCUUACUCUAUCUAUACGAUAGCAAAGUAUCAACUAACCUGCUCAGCGACUCCCUGUCCGGCUGACCAAUAGUCAAAUUGACUUAAUGUUUAAAAGAAUUUAAGUGUUUUAAAAGUGAAUCAGUUGCUUCUGAAUUACUGAAUAGGUACCGACCCGUUAUGAUUGGAUGACUGAUUGCGUGUAAACGAAUGGCUAGUUUAUAAAUGGUAACUCCUGCUGAGGUCCUGGAUAGAUUACGUACAGAGACAUUGUUAUAGUUUCUCCGUUAAUCUGCGCUAUAAUAAGUUUCCCACAGCAAAUCCGCUUCUUAAUACUGUUUUUAUCUUUCACGGAACAGAACGAUGGACGAAUGUGGAGGAAGAAUCGCAGAAAGAACAAGAAAAGCAGCCGUUGUGUUGGCGUCGAUCUAAACCGAAACUGGAGCUAUAAAUGGGGAGGUUAUAUGGUUCAUUUUUACAUAGAAUUUUGCUGGAAAUAAAUAGUUUAAAAAUAUUUAAUUAUUAUAUUUCCACAUAAAUCUGGAAAUGUGGACCUCACAAGGAAAAGGACAGAUCUCCUGUAGAAGAAUCUAUGUUGAUAUUGACUGCAUUCUUGAACAGGCUUCACAAUUAGGAUUCGACUUAAUUAAGGGUAAAAGCUCGACAUGUAAGCUUUUGAAUCUUAACCUCUGGAAAUAUCAUUAUCGACGUCAAUUCAGUUUGUUUUUAUCAUUAGGUGAAGGAGCUAGCCCAAAUGAAUGUGAUCAAACGUACAGGGGCAAAAAAGCAUUCUCUGAAAAAGAAACCAAGAGUGUCAGUAAAUAUCUAGAAGGACUAAACAAGCAAGGAAGACUGAAGGGUUUUAUUGACUUCCAUGCGUUCAGUCAAAUGUGGUUUAUUCCCUGGGGAUACACUUCUACAAAGACUAACGAUCACGAAGAACAGGUCAGUGAGCAAUAUGAAUAGACUGAACUCAGUGCAGGGCACUUUUUAACUGUAUCCCAUAAGGAAACUGAAACUACAGUUAUCGCCAAAAACCUUUGGGACACAACGAAAAAAUGCCUUCAUCGAGAAAUCUCGGUCUCACUAGUAUCCUUGUCCUUUGUUGCAGAGCGGUCAGUUUCAUGUUCGCUCAGAUGUAGUUCUAUUUUUGCUUUUUGGGGGCUUCUUUUUCGAAGGAGAGGGUAAAGACGUAGUUUAGCUGUUGUGGGGGGAGAGGGAAUAGCCUGGUAACCUAAUAAACUCGAACUAUGUAUUACUGAGGAACUUUAGUCAUUCUGAUGUCAACGAAGAUAUGAAAACUUCAGUUAGAAGAAACCGUUUUCUUUGUUUUGCUUUUUUUGCUACCUAUUUUCUUUAACGCUUUAGAGAACAAACGAUGCUGAUGCACAGAACCAUCAUGCGCAUGCGCAAAACUAUAUCUCUCGGCGCGGCUUGGCGCGGCAGGGAAGUUUUAUAACAAGCUUCAUAUAGCUUAUGGUCUUUAUACCUUGAAGCCUUAAGUCCCUCUACAAAAUCGAUAUUUCAAGGUUAAUAACUUUAGUGAGGAGUUUGCUCUGCUUUUAUUUUCCGUAAAAUAAUCUUGAGUAGUAUCUGGGAGUAGUACCGGCAAUAUUUCAGAAUUACCAAUUAAACUGUAAAUAAAUCUUCAGUUUAAAUCGUUAAUUUUAGUGAACAUUUACUAAGGCUUAGUGACCAAGCAACUAGUUGACUGAAAUGUUUUAAAUUAAUUUUCUUUUGUCUCCAGAUGAGGGUUGCUAAGAUAGCCGUCGAAGCAAUCAGAAGAAAGCAUGGAAAAAGCUAUAAAUACGGAUCUUCUGCAGUUUUACUUUGUAAGUACUUGUUUAUUAUAUUAAGACCAUUGUGACUCCAGUUGGUAAGCAACAAUUCUCAUGCUCGUUUCAGUUAUGUGAUCAUCACUUUCCGCUCGAUUAGCUCUUUAAACUAUUAAUGAUAGGUCAUGAUAGAAAGUAGAUUCCUUUCGCAAACUUUUUCAUUUGUCUAACUUACUGAUACGAUUCCCUGGGGGGUACUCCCAUACAUUACCUAUACGGGUAUGUGCCGCCCAAAGGGGUCGUGAUUUUGAAGCUCCUGAUUUAGAACGGGGUAUCCAUUUCAGAGGCGUUUUCUAAGAACGGGGUAUAAUAUUUCGAACGCACGAAAGCUCCAGUUUUGUAAGCAGCCAUUUGAAAGUAUUCAAGGACAGAUUGCUUUUAAGAAUACGGUUCAAUUCGUUAACGAGCAAACUGUUGUACUCUUGUCACCCUAGAACGGAGUAUAAAUAAUUGGCCCAUUUCUAGAACAGGGUAUCAGUUUUAGGGCGAAUUUUAGGACGGGGUAAAAAAAAUUGGCCCAUUUCUAGAACGGGGUGUCAAUUUUAGGGGAAAUUUUUUCUAGAACGGGGUGCCAAUUUGGAGUCCCGGGCGGAACAUACACACCCUAAAAGUAUCCAAGUGCCCCCUCCCGGGUACGAUUCUAGGAAUGUUAGGAAAAUUCCUCUCGCCUGGAUAGGUUUCUUUCUUGUAGAGAACCGACCACCACCAUCAUCAUCGUCAUCAUCAUCUUAAUUAUCUGGUCGAAAAAGAGAAAUACUGUAUCUCCAAAUGAAAAAGAAGACAAAUGAGAUACUUAUCAGUAAUAAUGGCAGGAAUGUUUUGGCUCAAGUUGUCGGCAAAGCUGGUUUACAUGUUUUUCUUUUGGGCACAUGAUGUCUCUGGCCCGAUUGAUUGAAUUGCUAAUUAAGCGAUCAGUUGUAGAGAAAAAAGGCGAAAAAUGUCUGCAAUACUCACUUCACUUGGGUUAGACGUUUCCGGUUUAUGUUUAUAAAUAGAAUAUUGUCCAAGCUAAUGCAGUGUUUACUCUUACGAAGAUGCCUGAUACAUAUUAACUACUGUAUAAACAUAUCCCUGGAUGCACUAUGCAAGCCAUUACGUCCUUUUUUCUUUAAAAACAGACAAGGCAGCCGGCGGCUCAGAAGACUGGACUUACGGUUCACUGGGAGUCAAGUACUCAUUUACAGUUGAACUGCCCCCUAGAGGUGCAAACCCAGGCUUCAUUCUUCCUCCAAGUCAAAUCAUCACGACAGGAGAAGAGAUAUUUGAGGGCUUGAAAGCCUUAGUUACAGCAAUGAGAAUAUAA